AGUUUUGGAUCGCUCGUAUGCAACAUUUGUGACUCCCCCGUUUGAAAAAUUGAACCUCACACACAAACACACACUAGAGUGUAGCAACACAUACUCUCUCUCUCUAAAUAAAUGUAUACAAAAACCUCAGCUUUAGGAAUCGCUGUCUCUCUCUGAAUUGGAACCCAAAAUUAUCAAUGGAAAGCAUACUAAUAGAGUGUGUGCAGAACAGCCUGCGGCAUUUUAUGCACCGCAACGCCAUUUUCAUGUGCGAACGCCUCUGUGCCGAGUUCCCCUCUGAGACAAAUAUGCAGCUUUUAGCUGGCUGCUACCUGCAGAACCAACAGGCUUAUGCUGCAUACCAUGUUUUAAAAGGGACAGGUAUGGCUCAAUCUCGCUACUUGUUUGCACUAUCAUGCUUUCAGAUGGGUCUUCUCAAUGAAGCCGAGACA